UAAACUAUUUCGUAGCAAUCUACACACAGUGACGGGAUGCUGGGUCAUGGGUCAGUGGGAAAUACUGGUGACAAAUGGGCGGUCGGACUGGAUGAUCCUGGAGGACUGUUUCCAACCUUGGUGAUUCUAUGACUGCUUAUCAGUAUUCUCGUGACACGAGUCAGCCUCCAAUAGCUCCAAAGAGCCAUCUAGCGAUGGAAGGCCAAAAAAAAAAUCGCAAACCCACACAGAUGGCACCAGGCUGCCACCUGCCGCUGCGCGAGAAGCACUUCACUGAGCACAACCGCCUUGCUAGCAGCGACGGGACGACACGAACAGCCCCAGGUUGUGCCAGGGGAGGCACAGGAUGGGUAUCAGGAAAAAAAAUUCUUCUCAUAAAGAGCCGCGAGGCGCCGCAACGGGCCGCCCAGGGAGGCGGCGCUGAGGAGCGAGGACGCAGACGCCAGAAGCGGCAGCCCCGCCUCCAUCCCUGUGGCGCCAACCCGCCCCUCUGAGCGGGCGGUGCCUGCGCAUGCGCCGUGAGGAGCCCGUCUUGCUACAUAUAGGGAUGAGAAGGUUGUGCCUCUCUAGUACUGGAAGGAUAAACUCAAAACUGUGCCCGUGUCUGAUAGCGACGUGAACGUUUAAUCCAGAUCUGCAACUUAAGAAGAGAGCUCGGUACGUUGCCUUGUUCUUUCCUGUCACCUCUGUGCUACUGAGCCCAAAGCCAGUUGGCCCUUGUCUCUGCUUGCCUCGUCUGGAAUCAGCCAUGGCCGAUGACUCUCAAAGAAACUUCCGCUCGGUCUAUUAUGAAAAAGUGGGCUUUCGUGGAGUUGAAGAAAAGAAGUCACUGGAAAUUUUGUUAAAAGAUGACAGAUUGGAUAUUGAGAAGCUUUGCACCUUCAGUCAGAGGUUCCCUCUCCCAUCCAUGUAUCGUAUACUGGUGUGGAAGGUUCUUCUAGGAAUUAUUCCUCCUCACCAUAAAUCUCAUGCUUUGGUGAUGAACUACCGGAAGGAGCAGUACUGGGAUAUCCACCAUGCUCUUCAUGUAAUUCGUUUUAUCAAUGACUCUACCCCACAGGUAGAUGUUUUCCUCCGCAUACAUCAACUGGAAUCAGGCAAGUUGCCUCGAAACUUGGCUUAUCCUUUGGAACCAGAAGAUGAAGUGUUUCUUGCAAUUGCUAAGGCAAUGGAGGAAAUGGUGGAGGAUCCUAUAGAAUGCUAUUGGCUUGUCAGUUGCUUUGUGAAUCAGCUUAACAGCAAGCACAAAGAUUCACUGCAGCAACUACCAAAAAUUCUGGAGCAGUAUUUGAACAUUGAAGACAGUAGGCUUCUGAUGCAUCUGAAGGCAUGUGCUGCAAUGAGCAAGCUCCCUUAUGAUCUUUGGUUUAAGAAGUGUUUUGCAGGCUGUUUACCUGAGUCCAGUUUACAGAGGGUUUGGGACAAAGUUAUUAGUGGAUCCUGCAAAAUUCUCGUUUUUGUUGCUUUGGAGAUAUUGUUAACCUUUAAAAUGAAGAUAAUUGCACUGGCCACUGCAGAAAAGAUCACCCAGUUUUUGGAAAAUAUUCCUCAAGAUAACACUGAUGCUAUUGUCAGCAAAGCUGUAGAUCUGUGGCGCACACACUGUGGGACUCCAGCACACUCUGUCUGAGAACUUUCCCCACUUACAACAGCUUGGGAAAAAAAAGCAUUUAAAAAUUUUCCUCUUACUGUUCUUCCCUCUUUGUGGUAUAAUGUUCUUCAUUUCUUCUCCAAUUCAAAGAUGCUAUUGAAGCAUUUCACGGCAUAGUGAUCAAUGUGUAAAUAUUUUUCAAUAAAUAUGGAUGGAGUGAAAA